AUUUGAAACUAAACCGCUCAGCCUGUCCUCCAUUCGCAGCUCGGGUUGUUCCGCUGUCUGGGGUCGAUCUGUUAAAUAACACUUUUAAUAGCAGAUAGAUAUUUUAAACUAAUGAUAUAGAUAUAUGUGUGUAUAUAAGACAACGUUUGAUAUUGUUUUUGUCACAAGUCACUUUUUAUAUAGAAGUUAUUUUUAGGGGUUAGCGUUCGCUUAAUUGCUAACUUGGCCAGCUAAUCGGUCACGCUAGCAAGACAACGUUUAGGCUCAACGGUCUCCUGAAGUGCUGCUGAACGUUUUAGACGCUGUAAGUUUGUUAUUUAAUGGUAUGGAUCCUGCUGCUAGGAUCAGAUCAUCCAAGGACCUGAUGAUUCAGAAAGCAGACAGUGAAAAGGGUUUAAGCAACUUGCCGAAGAGGGUUCCAGUUAUGCAGGGCUGCCACAAACCGGCACCGACCCCGAGCCAAACAUCCGUCCUCUGCGUUUCUCAGGGCCCGCAGCGUGUCCAGCGGCCUCGGAGUGAACAGAAAAGCUCGUGCGGCGGAGAGCAGAACAUUAACCCUGCUCAGACUCAACCCAAACCACAACCAGCACAGAGUCAGCUCAAACCCGCUCACACCGCCACAGAGUGUGUUAAAUUCACAGAGCACAAGCAGGACAAGCCUAACCCUAAACCUACCAAUGGAACGACUAAUGCAUCCAACGCUGAGAAGAAGCCGUGGAGUCUGGAGAACUUCGACAUUGGCAGGGCUCUCGGGAAGGGCAAGUUCGGAAGCGUGUACUUGGCCAGAGAGCGACAGACAAAGUUCAUCCUGGCCCUGAAGGUGCUUUUUAAAAAGCAGCUGGAGAAAGCCGGCGUGGAGCACCAGCUGAGGAGAGAGGUGGAGAUCCAGUCGCAUCUCAGGCAUCCCAACAUCCUGCGCCUGUACGGUUACUUCCAUGACUCUGCGCGCGUCUACCUCAUCCUGGAGUUCGCUCCUAAAGGCGAGCUGUACGGAGAGCUGCAGCGCUGCAGGAUGUUCGAUGAUCAGCGCAGCGCCACGUAUAUAAUGGAGCUAGCCGAUGCUUUGUACUACUGCCAUUCAAAGAAAGUCAUCCACAGAGACAUUAAACCAGAGAAUCUGUUAUUGGGAGCAAACGGGGAGCUGAAGAUUGCAGAUUUCGGCUGGUCUGUCCACACGCCGUCCUCAAGGAGGUCCACACUAUGCGGCACGCUGGACUACCUUCCUCCAGAGAUGAUCGAGGGCAAAACCCAUGAUGAAAAAGUGGACCUCUGGAGUCUGGGAGUUCUCUGUUAUGAGUUCCUAGUCGGGAAUCCUCCUUUCGAGACGAAGAGCCACGAAGAAACGUACCGGAAAAUCUCCAGGGUCGAGUUCACUUAUCCGUCCCAUGUGAGCGAAGGUGCUAGAGAUCUGAUCAACAGGCUUUUGAAACACAACCCAAUGCAUCGACUUCCUAUCCAGGGUGUCCUGACCCAUCACUGGGUGGUGGAAAACUCCACCAAGAAGCCGAGUAGUUUCACUUGAGCCACUAAAGAGUCUCCAUGAGCACCUUGUGCAGCUCAAACACAAACUAUGGAUUAGAGACGCUGAGAAACAGCAGGAAUUCCUGAGCCUUGCUGCCUCUCGUGUGCAUGUCACAUUUUCCUCUCUUGGCUUCAUUGUCUCUCUCCUUCCUUCCUUCCUUCCUUCCUUCCUUCCUGUAAAUAUCUAAUUGUUUAGAAUUAUGAAAAUGUACCUGUUUUACUUGAAACAAUAAAUCCUAUUUUUAAAGUG